AUGGACGAAAAUUAUGAUGUUAUUGUUUUAGGCACAGGGCUAACCGAAUGUGUCUUGUCCGGGAUUCUAUCGGUAGAGGGAAAAAAAGUAUUGCACAUUGAUAGACAAGCUUUUUAUGGAGGAGAGUCGGCAUCGUUGAACUUGACUCAAUUAUAUGGCAAAUUCAAACCUUCUGCACAAAGACCCGAGUUGAAAGGGAAAGACAGAGAUUGGUGCGUUGAUUUAAUUCCCAAGUUUUUGAUGGCCAAUGGGGAGUUAACCAACAUUUUGGUCCAUACCGAGGUGACCCGAUACAUUGAAUUUAAGCAAAUUGCCGCAAGUUAUGUGUAUAGAAACGGGAAAAUUGCAAAAGUGCCAUCAACCGCUAGUGAGGCAUUGGCAUCUUCUUUGAUGGGUAUUUUUGAAAAGAGAAGAAUGAAGAAAUUUUUGGAGUACAUACAAAAUUACGAUGAAAAAGAUGUUUCUACCCAUAAAGGAUUCGAUCUUGACAAAAACACCAUGGAAGAAAUCUAUACCUAUUUUGGUUUAGAAAGUGGAACAAAAGAUUUCAUUGGCCAUGCAAUGGCUCUAUGGUCGACUGAUGACUACUUAAACGAAGUUGCUAGACCAACUUACGAAAGGAUUUUGUUGUACGCGCAAUCAGUGGCCAAGUACGGCAAAUCACCCUAUAUUUAUCCACUUUACGGAUUAGGGGAGUUGCCACAGGGAUUUGCUAGAUUGUCUGCAAUCUAUGGUGGUACCUAUAUGUUGGACACCCCAAUCGAAGAAGUAUUAUACGAAGGGGAAGGACCGGACAAAAAGUUUGCUGGGGUGAUUACCAAAGAAGGUACAGCUAGAGCACCAAUAGUUGUAGCCGAUCCCACCUACUUUCCUGAAUACGUUAAAAAGACUGGUCAAAAAGUUAUCAGGGCAAUUUGCGUCUUGGAUCAUCCUAUUCCUGGUGCUGAGUUGGACUCUCUUCAAAUCAUAAUUCCUCAAAACCAAGUUGGAAGAAAACACGAUAUUUACAUCGCGGUCUUAUCAGACGUCCAUUGUGUUGUUCCAAAGGGCUAUUAUCUUUCAAUUGUAUCAACUAUUAUAGAAACAGAAACACCGCACGUUGAGUUGGAACCAGCCUUUAAAUUACUCGGCCCUCGAAUAGACACACUCAUGGGCAUUGCUGAACUUUAUGAACCAAUUGAGGACGGCAUUAAAAAUGGCAUUUACCUUUCAAAGAGUUAUGAUGCUUCGUCACAUUUUGAAUCUACAACCGAUGAUGUGAAAGAUAUUUACUUUAGAAUUACUGGAAAACCCUUGGAGUUGAAACAGAGACCAAAGGAAGAGGAAGAGUCUACAAACGUAAUACCAUAA